CAGGAAGAUGUACUUCGGUAAAGUGAUGCGGAUGGAGAUCGGCUGGUUUGACUGCACCUCUGUAGGGGAGCUCAACACUCGCAUAUCAGACGACAUUAACAAGCUCAAUGAUGCCAUUGCGGAUCAAGUUGCCAUUUUUUUGCAGCGAUUCACCACUUUUGUGUGUGGAUUUUGCAUUGGCUUUGUCAAAGGCUGGAAGCUGACCCUUGUCAUUGUUGCAGCAAGUCCUCUGAUCGGUGUCGGAGCCGGUCUCAUGGCUCUGUUUGUGGCUAAGCUAACGGGGAUGGAGCUGCAGGCCUAUGCUAAAGCCGGAGCUGUAGCCGACGAGGUGCUCUCCUCCAUCAGGACCGUGGCGGCUUUUGGGGGAGAGAAAAAAGAAGUGGAAAGGUAA